AUGGUCAACUUCACUUUCGCUCAACAACUCACCUCACUCACCUCACCUCAGCUCCGUAUAAAGCCCGCCAGCCUCUUACUUUUCAAGCGAGCUCCAGUUCACACCAUCUUCUUCCCCACACAACCCGCCUGUGUCGCACUCGCGCCGCAACAGCCUUACACUCUUCACCAAACCUCCGUCAUGGCGUCCCGCAAGGGAUUGCUUCCUGUCACCCCGGCCAGCCUGGUGCAGCCGGAGCUGACGCAGCCACUUGCCAACAUCGAGCAGGAUAACACUCCACCUCCGACCGACCGCAACAAACACGACGAGAGCCCCACGCUCAAGACACUCCGCGAUGGCCUUCUCCGCCUCAAAGAGUUAUUCCCUUGCGGCGAGCGCGCUCCUCGUCGCGAACCUGUCCCGAAUCCGGUGACGCGCUUCGUGCCCGCGCCGCCUCUUUCCACUUCAUCCUCUUCCAGGGCCUCAUCUCGUGCGCGCGAUGAGCUGUGCGCUGACAUACGCCGCCUUGCUCCGCCGUCGACGCUUCCGGUCACCAGCCAAAAGGUCACAGCGAAUCACUGGCCCAAGGGCAACCUUCUUCACAAGCCUAACUCUGGACACACUCGCAACUCCAGCGACGACUCAGAUUUGUCCCUCGCGCUCGACAAUGUGCCUCAGCUCAGUCCCAGCAUGAGCGAGAGCCGUUUUGAUACGACCAGCACGCGCGACCACGUCAGGUUUGCACCCACUCCCGCCGAGGGCAAGAAGCCAGAGCGCGCCCUGUACGGCCCGCUUGAGAUCGACGAGGACUGCUUCUCGGUCGACUCCGAGUUCAACCGCGUCCCGGACGUCAUUCCCGUCGAGACAACCAGGGAGAACCCAAUGCUCUUGAGCAAUAUCAUCAAGAAGACCGACGCCGGCUUCACUGGUGAUCCUGAGAUCCUGAACUUACCCGAGGAGCCUGGCUGCGGCUUCCGCGCCCACAGUAUCCCCUCGAGCAUCCAACUUCGCUAUAAGCAGGCUCGUCAAACGAGGCAGCAAAAGAGGCGAGAAGGAAGAACGUGGCAGCAGGCCAUGGCGCAAGCGGCUCAGCGCCAACAAGAGACCGAGGCUCUAAACCAGCAGAGGAUGAUUGAGCACCUGAAUGCACAAGCUGCAUUGAAGGAGCAAUACGCUGCCGCAGAGCAGUGGCGCGAGGAGAACAGGCGGACCGUGGGCUUGAAGGCUCCGCCGGGUCUGCCCAGCAACAAUGGCUGCCCGGUCGCUUUCGAGGAGCACGACGCUGCACAACAGUCUACUGUCGAGCAGCCUGUUGUUGUUGAGGAUGCGCCUCAGUCCCUCAGGUAUGGCUCUGAUCCCUUUACUCCCACGUCUGAUGGACACGUCCGCUCACAUUACAAAAGCAACCUGACUCUGCUUCUGCAAAGCGCGAAGAGCGACCCUACCAGUGACGGUUCCCAGCCAAGCUGGGCAACCUGCUCCGAGUCCUCCCAGUCACCCUCCGGCCACGACAUGCCUCCCCAACCCAGCGACAUGCCUCGCAACGACAGCGGCUUCGGUGAUCAGCACAUCACCGGCUAUUCUGCACGCGGCUGUGUCGGUGCCGAUGACAUUAUCCACCAAAUCGCCGUGAGCCUGAGCCGCCCCACCGGCAUCCUCCCCAUCAACUACACCGACGGCUUCAGCAGCGAUCCCCCCAAGAGCCACGCCGACGCCCUCCACAGCAGCAACCCUCUCAACAUCAUCCCUCUCCCCGGUCUCGGCGACACUCGCACCUGCGACAACGGUGAUGGACGCCAGGCCAAAUGCCCCGUCCCCGCCGAAAACACGCAGAUGUACGACUGCGAGGAUGGCUGUGCGAUCGAGAGCUGCAGCACCAUCGGUCAGGACGCCAUGGGCCGCCGCUACUUCUAA